UUCACACUCACUGCCCACUGCAUCGGAAUCCAACACCUCUUCCCCCCACACCAAACUCUUACUAGACUUUGACUUGUAGGUAGCCCUGUAAAUUUUCGUCCUUGUCUUUUCCAAUACUUUUGCCUGUAAAAUGAUUACACCUCAGCAUUAACCCAGUCUCAGAACAUCCCUCCUUAUCAAUUAAAGUCCAUGUUUUUAAUCGUUUUCUUGUCAAGGAAGGUUAGCAUACGAGGGAAAUGAAAGUUCAUGGUACUAGGUUAUUGAAAUCCCAUUUGUUGUAGAUUAAGAAGCCUUCCUCUGUUUGCUCUAAAGUUUUGUUUUGUUUUAAUGAUCAGACAGAAAUCUGGUAUCUUGGGUAGGGUCUUUCUUAUUUGCUCUUUUAGGUUGCUCUUUUUUUAAUAUAUUUUAGUGAUAAAAUUGUGAUCACCCAGCAGCUCAUGACAUUGAAACCCUAAUGGUAGAAAGACCCAGAUCGGUUUCUUGGUACAGCUAUCAAUUUACGAGCCACCUCGAGUUCCAAUUAUUUCUAUAGCCAUCAUUUUCUAUAUCUGGUGAGUGCUGCGUUUUGACCCUUCACAUGUUGUGGAAGCGUAUUUCUCACUGAUCCCAUGUUUGUGCUGUUCCAGCAAUUCCAGUUUGUUGACUUUGCUCUUGUUUUGUCUGCUUUGGAAUCCAUUUUAAAUUAUUUUUUUUUGGUGUGUUCAGUUGAUAGAGCAUCCUAGGGGAACAGUUGAAAUAAUCUUCUUGGGUCCUAUUCAUUAUCUUCUACUCUGUGGAUCAAAAUCCUACUUUUAAUCAUUUUUUGCAGUUGGUCUAUUGAGUUUUCUAGCCUUGGUUUGUAAAUUGUCUGUCAAUCAAUUACCGAAUUGGAAUAUUCGUGGGAGUCCUUUGCUUGGAGCAGAAAUAUAUAGUAAAACUUCGAUUUUUUUAUUUCCUUAGCUUCAAAUUGCGUAGUUUGAAUUCUCCAAUUUCCACAGCCACUGCUGCUUGAAUAGAUGUGAUUUUUGGUAUUUCGUCCAAUUCUCAACUCAUUAAUCAAGUUUCUAUUCUAAGUUUCUGUCUGGUAUUUCCUACAUCAGUGUACCAUUUCCCUUCUUUCUACACCAUAUACAGGCAAAAUCCAUGUUUUAUGAUCUACAUUGUCAUACUUAGAGGGUAGGCAUCAAUGUCAAUCAUAUGUGGCCUCCCACUCCUUGAAUGUGUUUACUGUCUGGCAUGUGCACGCUGGGCAUGGAAAAGAUGCCUCCAUACUGCUGGCCAUGACAGUGAAACAUGGGGCCUUGCAACUGCCGAAGAAUUCGAGCCUGUCCCUCGACUAUGCCGCUAUAUUCUAGCUGUUUAUGAAGAAGAUCUUUGGCACCCCCUUUGGGAACCCCCUGGAGGCUAUGGGAUAAACCCAGAUUGGUUGAUUCGCAGAAAAACUUAUGUAGACACUCAAGGACGGGCUCCUUCAUAUAUAUUAUAUCUUGAUCAUGAUCAUGCUGAUAUAGUCCUUGCCAUUAGAGGCCUUAAUUUGGCAAAGGAGAGUGACUAUCAAGUGCUUUUGGACAACAAGCUAGGAAAAAAGAAAUUUGAUGGUGGCUAUGUUCAUAAUGGACUCUUGAAGGCUGCUGGAUGGGUUUUGGAUGCAGAGUGUGAAAUUUUGAAGGAGUUGGUGGAGAGGUAUCCAAAUUAUACUUUGACGUUUGCAGGACAUUCUCUUGGGUCAGGUGUUGCAGCCAUGUUAGCCUUGGUGGUUGUGCAGCAUCAGGAUAAACUGGGAAAUAUUGACAGGAGGAGGAUCAGGUGCUAUGCUAUUGCACCUGCAAGGUGCAUGUCACUAAAUUUGGCAGUCAGAUAUGCAGAUGUCAUCAAUUCUGUGGUUCUUCAGGAUGACUUCUUGCCACGGACAGCCACACCUUUGGAAGACAUUUUCAAGUCACUUUUCUGUUUGCCAUGCCUACUAUGCCUGAGAUGCAUGAGGGAUACUUGUAUACCAGAGGAGAAGAUGCUUAAAGAUCCAAGGAGGCUGUAUGCACCUGGUCGCCUCUAUCACAUUGUUGAGCGAAAGCCUUUCAGAUUAGGAAGAUUUCCACCUGUUGUGAGGACAGCAGUGCCGGUGGAUGGGAGGUUUGAGCACAUAGUUCUUUCUUGUAAUGCCACUUCAGACCAUGCUAUAGUAUGGAUAGAGAGAGAAGCACAGAGAGCCAUGGAUUUAAUGCUGGAGAAAGAUAGGAUCAUGGAGAUCCCAGCAAAACAGAGAAUGGAACGGCAGGAGACCUUGGCUAGGGAGCACAGUCAAGAGUACAAAGCUGCACUCCAAAGGGCUGUUACACUAUCAGUGCCCCAUGCUUAUUCACCUUCUCAAUAUGGGACUUUUGAAGAGUCCGAGGAUGGGGAGAACUCCCAUAAAUCUAGCGGAGAAUCAUCGGUUGGAUCAUCGGGGCAAAGCAAGAACAAAGAAAGCUGGAAUGAAUUGAUCGAACGUCUUUUUGACAAAGAUGAAUCUGGGCACAUGGUGCUUAAAAAAUCACAUAGGGAUGAUUGAUGAUGCAAAUUCAGGGAUAAAUUGGAUAGAACAGAAACGAUUAUGUUUGUGAUGAACAACAUUCAUUGAUUCAUUGGUACUCAUUUUUCACCCCAUAACAAUUUUCACUUGCCGUUCUUGAAA